AUGUCGUGGUUUACAAGGAACAAGAGGUCACUGGAGUAUGCGAAGAACGCGUCGUUGGUUGUUGCAUCGUGGGUGCCCGUGAUGAUCGUGGCCAAUGAACAUGUGUGCUAUUUCGGCAAGAUUGAAGGCUCGUCGAUGCGUCCAACGUUCAACCCGAGCGACCAUUCGCAGGACUGGGUCUUUCUGUGGAAGUUUGGAUUGAGAGAGCACAAUGGGCUCAAGGUGGACGACGUUGUGCUGUUCAGGUCGCCCCAGAACCCGGAGAAGGUGCUGUGUAAACGUGUCAAAGGUGUACAAGGCGACAUGGUCAUGACCCGCUCGCCGUACCCAAGGGAUCACUGUCACAUCCCGCGCAACCACCUCUGGGUGGAGGGCGACAACAUCCAUUCGAUAGACUCGAACACGUUCGGACCAAUCAGCUCGGGCCUGGUCGUGGGAAAGGCCACGGCGAUCAUAUGGCCUCCUAGUCGAGUCGGCAGAGUGCCCUGUGGUGGCCGUGAAGUGAGGGCCUCGAGGCUGGAGAGUUACGACUGA